AUUUACAUCUUUUAACCCAAACAAAUUAUGCUUUUUUUGCACAUAACCAACCACCAUUCAUUCCGGCACACGUUCAUCCUAACAUAACGUGAGUUUACGUGUUUAUUUUAUUUUUAUUUUGCAUAGCAGGCAUAACGUCUGUGUUCAUCUUAUGAGAACUUCAAGGGCUUAAGAAUUUGCAAAUCAAAAUAUGAUGCGAGCAGCUAUAUGCAAAGUCUGACAGUUUCAUAGAAAAGAAGGUUCAUUAUCUCUUGUGAAGUGCUGCUGCUGCUCAGAGCUGUGGUGUUACUGUUACCAGAGAAGAGAUCAAAUUUAUAGUUUUUAAAAGGGUUAGUUUUUAUCUAAAAUUGUUGUGUCAUCCUGACUGAGACUUAAUGCCAUCGACCCAACAUGAAAUGGUUUGCUCUGGUUGUUGCUGCUCUUCUGUGGACCUCCUCAGGACAGAGCAAAGACGAAUGUAAGAAACUGAGGGAUUGUUUGAAAAGGGGAAAAAAAACGUGUGUUUAUGAUGACAUCAGAGAACGACCCAAAUGUGAGACAAAGGGACAUGACUGCAUAAUAUUUCUGCAGAAAAACCCUACAGCACUUCAAACAGAAGAUCAAACAGAAUGGUGCAAUCAAGAGGGGCUUCAACUGGAGACAAAGAACGAUACUUCCCUAUUACGCAUUACGAAACGGCACAUCAAGCAGAAACUUUCUCUCACUGUCCUGCUCGGGGAGAAUUGCUGUAGAGAACUGUCCGGCAAAAUCCAAGAUUUGCUGUGCAUCUCCAAUCCGACAUCAGAUUCAUCACCAGAAAGUUGCGAGGUUAAAUGCGUACAAACAGACGAGGUUUGUAAGGGAGAAUCAUUUGAUGAAAAUGUCUGCACUGAAGGUCGACAGGACAAGUACAUCGUCAACAUAACAGGGACACAUGCAACCUGUGUCAAUUGUAAUAAUCCAGUGAAACAUCCAAAGAAGGCAUACAGUUGUGAUGAACUCAGAAAGGAAGGUGUAUCAAUUAACGUAACACGAGGAGAAGAUCUGGACCCUGUUCAAGCUAGUAACGUCAUGAAGAAAAUGGGCAAACUGGCCACCUCUAUCGAUACAGCUUCAGCAGCACUGAAUAUGGCAGAAGGAGUCACAGGGAUCAUAGUGAGAGAAACUAAUGAGGAAUAUGUGGACGAAGUCUCCUUUGCAUAUGAGUCUCUAAACGACGACAUAUACAUCAUAGAAAACAGAGAUUCUCUGGCUCAGUUUUCCAGAUCUGUUACGGUGUCGAAAGAAGCGUUUGAACAAGCUAUCAAUUUGAAAGUCAGUGUCCCUUUUGCUGCUAUUUUCAGAUUCAACAAUCUGUCUAAGGAUGAGUUGAACAGCACCAUUUUAGGUAAUGAGGUUUUAGCAGUCGACAUGGGAGCAAAUAUCUGCAAUCUCACAGACAAAAUAUCCAUCCGUUUUUGGAAUGCGACAUAUGAAGGAAAUGCAAGUUGUCGAUCAUGGAACGGUGAUGGAAGCCGACCAAACUGGACCGCAGAUGGAUGUUUAACUACACAAGAUGGAGAAAACAUCACAUGCGAGUGUUCCCACUUGACAUUCUUUGCUAUAUUAUUGACUCCUCUUAAUGAAACCAUUUCAAGCUCUGACCUGAAUAAUCUCACCAUCAUCACACAAAUUGGCUGUAGCUUGUCAAUAUUCUUCAUCAGCAUAAUCCUGUUCAUGCACUUCCUUCUCAGGAGAACAAAGGCCAGCACAUCCACAAGGAUUCUCAUCCACCUUGUGUCGGCCAUGUUCCUGCUCAACCUCACGUUCCUGACCAACCACUACAUAGCAAAACUCAACAGCUCAGUGGGCUGUGUGAUCAUGGCAGCUGCCAUGCACUACUUCAUGUUAGCUACGUUCACAUGGUUUGCAGUGAAGGCCUUCCAUCUUUGUUUGCAGCUGUACAUGGGGGGCAAAAUAGUCAUCAGUCACUACAUACUCAAAGUCUCUAUCAUCAGCUGGGUUCUACCAAGUUUCCCUGGGAUUGUCCUGCUUAUCAAAGGGAAAUAUGGUGAACAAGUCAUCUACACCAACGACCCAGAAGAAAACGUUGCCAUGUGCUGGAUAACAGACAGUGAAGCCCACUACAUCGUCAACAUAGGCUAUUACGCGUUGGUCUUCGUCUUCACCUUCACCACCUUCGUCAUCAUACUGUCCUGGCUUUGUUGUCUCAGGAGGCCCAACUCAGGAAACAGCCCAACUGGAACAAGUGGCAGAAAUAUUUUAAUCAUCCUGGGACUGUGCUCCAUGCUGGGUAUCACGUGGGGCUUUGCCUUCUUCGCCUAUGGCGCCCUCCUGAUCCCCUCUUACUACAUCUUCACAGUCCUCAAUUCUUUUCAAGGUUUUUUCCUGUUCAUCUACUACUACAAAACCAGCCAAGUAGGAAACACAAACGCUGACUCGAGCAGUUCCACCGACAGCAGCAGCACUCUAGGCACACUGGUCCCCUGGGAGAACCCCUACGGACAAAAGAUAAACCCUGCGAAGAUUCAAGGACAGGAAAGUAUAAAGUAGGCGUCAGUGUGGGACUGAAGUGCAGACUACAAGAAAGUACAAAGAAAUAACUGAAAACUGUAAAGAAGUAUAAUGUUACAGGCGUUUUCAAAACAUAGAUAUGUGUGAAAAAAAAACAGUCAAUAAUAGCAUAUCCAGUGACUAUCAUAUCGGCUACUUUAGUGACAUACGUGUGCAGUGACUUUCCAUUUGAGUGACCAUCUUGUCUUCAUUAUUUAUCUUUUCCACAAGAGUUGUUUAGUUUAUAAUAAGUUUGUUCUUUUGGUUUGCACAACUUCUUUUCGUGAGAAUCAGAGAGGGUGAAGGGUUCCUGCAGUUAAUGACUUAUAUGUAACUAUGAAAUGUUUAUAUGUAACUAUGAAAUGUUUAUAUGUAACUAUGAAAUGUAAUUAUUCUUGGCUCAGGGAUGGAAACACAAAAAAAGAGAGAUAUCCGAAGUAAAAAAAUGACAAAAAAACCAAAAACAGUCUAAUCUACCAUCUGACGAAGGCCUGUGCUAGUACGCUUGGCUCUCCAAGAAUUGCACAAGUCACCUAAGUUAAUGUAAAAAAAUCGAGAGUCGCCAAAAAGCGACUAAUUUGCAUGCAUGUUGGCUCACAAAUAAAAAAGUCACUGGCAGCAUAUGGGCACAGAUAAAAUGUCCCAGCUGUGGAUAAAGUGUCAAAAAUAUUUUGCAACAUUCAAAUAUUGAAAUAUUGAAAUAUUGAAUCUUUUAUUCAGUUUCAGUCACACUCACAUUAAAAAAAAUACAUUAAUAUUAUCUUUUAUUUUCAAUGUUUGAAGGUGGGAAAUGAUUUGACACAUUUACAACAAGAGAGCUUCUGCUUCCUUGAGAGCUUGUUCCAUUUCAGCGGCCUCCAGGGAGAAGUUUUCCCUCUCCUGCAUCAUAUGUUCCCGUGCUUUAGCCAGGUCUGUCAUUGUCGUUUGGAUUUCCUGAGUGUUAAAAACAUGAAAGAAUUUCAGUAAACGUUAAUCAGCCCUUAGUUCAACUACAACAAUAUUAGAAAAAAAAAGUCAAUAAAAGGACUCGGAAGAGUUUAACUCACCUCUAGUUGAGCCUGUUGCUGGGAUGCAAUGUCUCCAAAUGCUUUUAAUUCAUGCAGCAGGUCAGCGGAGACGCUCUGAUAAGCAGGCAAUAAAGAUGUUUUUCAUGUGUUCAGUAUAAGUGUGGUCUAAGACUUAAGUAUAAACAAACAGGUGUAUUUCUGUCAUGUUUAAAGUGCAUAUUUCUAUUUAUUCUUUACUAAAUUUCCAGUUAGUGAUUACUUGCGUUUCACAUGCACUCCUGAAAAUUUACAGAAAAUUCAGAAGAGUAAAAAGGGUUCCACAUAUUAACAGUAUCAACAAAAGAUACUGAAGUAGUUUCAUUGCAUGCCUGGAGAUUUCACCAGACGUGAGCACAGUCUAUGCUUGUGAGCAAGAUUUUAAAGUCAUUGCCGCCUCCCACCCGUGGUGAUUUCUCUUAUUUUCCUGUAUACUCCCUGCUGAGCUCGAUUUCACAUCAAAAAUGUACUGGCCGGAAAAAGUCAUAGUACAGUUUGAGUGUAAAAUUGGACUGUCUGAGGUCACAUAUGCAGCUCAUCCAGGAUUUUCCAGAAGUUUUCAGGAGUUUUGUGCAUGUGUGAGAAAGCACUGUAAGAUCAAUAUGCGCUUGUUCUGAUCACACGCAUAGCAGAUAAAAACAAAAAUGUGCAUAUAAACAUGUUUCAAACUCAAAUAAAAUACAUACCAUAACUUC